AUGGAUCAAACCCCUAUACAAAUGAUUGCAACUCAUGUAGAAGGCAUCGCACACAACUGCGUCAAGUCCCUAAACGGCCGGAACUUCUCCCCCAGUGCGAGUGGCUGGAAUCAGAUGGCGGCCAUCUUCAGAGCAGAUUCGGAACACCCACAGGGCGGCAUCGCCGAGCAGGGACUUGAAGAACACCUGGAAAUGCAACGACAAAUCGCACAAGAGCACCCGCAGUACCGCCUUCGCCUUCUCGACCUCCACACGGAAGUGGAUGAACGAGCUGGCUCGGCAAGCGUGUUCAUGACGGUGGAAGCCACUGGCAUCCCACCUGGCGUGAUCAGACAAAGCGUCGGUGUUUCCAAGUUUCAGCUGAUCGAUGGGCGCUGGCUUUGUGUCAGGUAUGGAGGUGCGAGAGGUAUGGUGGGGGACUCUUGA